AUAUUUUUCACAGGUCACGUUGGUGGUGGAUUUACUGGAACAUUUGUGACAGAGGUAACAGGGUAGAAAACAAUUAGAGGGCUAGUUUACUUGUCUUUUGAGCGUGGAGUCCGCUGGUGAAGUGACAUAGGACUGAUGUUCAGUCUGAUGGGGAAUUGUUUGUCAGCCAGGAAGUCUACUCCUAGGAGGGAGCUCACAUUGGCCAUUCUAGGUUUGGAUAAUGCUGGAAAGACUGUUACAGCCAACAUUUUACAAGGGGAAACCCUUCACACAGCUCCAACCAUAGGCUUUCAAAAAAGCGACUUAAAAUUUGGUAGAUAUGACCUCACGUUAUUUGACCUCGGAGGUGGGAAGAAAAUUCGAGCAAUUUGGAAGAAAUACCUGGCUGAAGUUUAUGGGGUGGUGUAUCUAGUGGAUGCCAGUGACAGCAGCCGUAUAGAAGAGUCCACGGCUGUAUUCAAAGAGCUGCUGGAAGACCCAAAAGUCACCCAGAAACCAGUACUUGUACUGGCCAACAAGCAGGAUGUGGAUGGAGCACUUGAUGAGAUGGAUAUCUGUGACCAGAUGAGGCUAGAGGAGGUGGUCAAUACCAACAAGUGUCCCUGUAGGGUGGAAAUGUGUUCAGCAAUAAAGGGCACUGGAAGGAAGAAAGACUCUAGGAUCAAGGAGGGCUUACAGUGGCUGUGUGAUAUGAUUGACUUGGAUUUUGGGAGACUGAAUGCUCGUGUACGGGAAGAUCUGCGUGUACAGGACAUUGAGAGGAAGAAGGAUCUGGAGGAAAGGAAGGCUCGUGUGCAGAAAAUACGAGAACAGAGGGAGAAAGAGGAAGAGGAAGAACGAAAGAGAUUAGGCAUGCCAGAAGCAGAGAAUCCAGCUGAGGAUACCAUUGACGGGGAUCCCUUCAAGAAACUAGACUAUGAGGAACUGAAGCAAAAGGAGGCGAGGUUGAAAGAGGAAAAGAAAAAGAAGAAAGCGAUGCUUGACCGAAAUGAUAACAGAGCUUGUGAGCCUGUGAGCAGACAGCUGACGACAGGCUUGUCCAGCUCUCUGCAGGCAGAUGAUGGUAACGAUGAUGAUGAUGAUGAUGAUGACAUUGUUAUAGCCUCACCUUCUCCACGACACUCCAAACUACCUCCUCUUCAUUAUCAGAAACAAUUAAAACAUGACAAGCAUAUACACAGGCUGGAGGAAAAUAGACAGAUGGAGAAUCAGGAGGAAAAUAUAGAUAAUCAUAGUGACAGUAAACUUUCUGCAAAUCAACAGAAUGUGAGUGGCAUGGAAAACGGGUAUUUGGGUAUGUCUUGGAGAGGUGCGGGCAGUCAACUUGCACCAUUGGGCAAACCAGUUGCAGUGGAGAAAGUUGAGAAGAAGAGGAGAAAACGGGUAAAGAAAAAUAAGCUAGUUCCUCUAGAUGGCCAGUUAGAGGUUGUUAACCAGUCCAGUUUAUCCCCAGCAGUCAGUCCAGCACUGCCCUGGGAGACAAAUAACCAUUUGGGCAGCCCCAACAGGACACAGGACCACCAAGGUGACACACAGCUACAACAUUCACCUCAUAAUUGGGGAUUAGUUGAAGACCUACCGGAACUAACAUCACCUGUGGAACUUAGACGAGGAAAACCAAACUUUGACAGUGAUGAUAUAGUGACGUGAAAGGAUCAAUGACCAGCCCUCAUCAAACAUCCACUCUGACACUACGUGCAGCAACACUGUCUGUGAAGCCUAAAACACAAUUUUUUAAUAUUAGAAUUGUAUGUUGUUUUCACUCAAAGAGUAUCUUGCAUAUUUUCAGUUUUAUGCAGUAUUGUUUAUCAAAUUUUAUGAUCACAUGACAUUUUAUUGUUGAUGCAAACAA